AUGUCAAAUACUCCACGAUUGAACCUUGGCCAAGCCGUGACCUCUGCUUUGCAACAAGCUCUCGAAGCCUCUCGCAAGGUUGUCUGCUUCGGCGAAGAUGUCGCGUUCGGCGGUGUUUUCAGAUGUACGGUUGGUUUGCAAGAUCAAUUCGGGCCUGAUAGAGUAUUCAAUACUCCGAUUACAGAGCAAGGGAUUGUCGGGACGGCGAUUGGCAUGGCUGCAGAGGGACUCAAACCGGUUGUUGAAAUUCAGUUUGCUGACUAUGUCUUUCCGGCAUUUGACCAGAUUGUCAACGAGGCAGCCAAGUUCAGAUACCGCGAGGGGACAACAGGUGCCAACCUAGGCGGACUUGUUAUACGGAUGCCAUGUGGAGGCGUGGGACAUGGUGCCUUAUACCACACGCAAUCGCCUGAAGCCUUGUUCUGUCACGUUCCAGGCUUCAAGAUUGUCGUUCCUCGAUCCCCAACCCAAGCAAAGGGACUCCUGCUCGCAUCCAUCCUCGAAAGUGAAGACCCCGUGAUCUUUAUGGAACCCAAGAUCUUAUACCGAGCUGCUGUCGAGGAGGUGCCAGAGGAGCGCUAUACCUUGCCCAUCGGAAAGGCUGAAGUAAUCAGACCCGGUUCAGACAUAACGGUAAUCUCAUACGGGCGUCCUCUUUACACCUGCGAAGCGGCAAUCGAGGCUCUGGAAAAGGAAAACCCUGGCGUGAGCAUAGAGCUUAUUGACUUGAGAACAAUCUACCCCUGGGAUCGACCGACAAUCCUCGAGAGUGUGAGAAAGACGGGACGUGCCGUUGUGGUCCAUGAGAGUAUGGUGAACUUUGGAGUUGGUUCUGAAAUUGCGGCAACUAUUCAGGACCAAGCGUUCACGUACUUGAAGGCACCUGUAAAACGUCUGGGUGGUUGGACGACCCAUACCGGACUGGCCUACGAAAAGUAUAUUUUCCCAGACACAGCGAGGGUUUACAAUACCAUGCAAGAAGUAUUAGAAGAUUUCCCAUAG